AUGGCUUCCAACCUCAAAACCAAUUUUCUGAUGGCUCCUCUUGCGGUUUUUCUAUUUCUUGUUGUCUCUUCAUCCGCAAGAUUAACCAUCAAACCUUUAGAAUCUGAAAUCGAACACAUCUGCUCGGGGGCAACAAACCCUGAGUUUUGUCUGAAGUUCUUAAAAUCAAAACCCGAGACAGCAAAAGCGGAUCUUCUCACCCUUGCCAAACUCGUCAUCGAUUAUGCACGCCAAAUCACGACAGAAACACAGAAACAUAUCGAUUCGAACAUCGAGAAAGCAACCGAUGCUACUUCAAAGGGUGUCUACAAGAAUAUCUCAGGGGAAUAUGGACAUUCUUUGGCUUACUUAGGUGAUGCCCUCAAGGCUUUGGCGAGAGGAGACGGAGACUCUCUAAAAAUGUUUGCCUCGGGUGUUAUGCAUCAGGCACUUAACUGCAUGGAUAAUUUUGCCGCGUUCAAGGUCUCGCCUGAUCCAUCCUCUAUCAUUGAAGAAAUGAAAUAUUUGUACAAUGUUUCAGACAUUUUGUUGAGCAUCUCCAACAUGAUAUAG